UUAACUAAGCAUUUUGAGUCUUUUAGAUUUUUAUAAUAUAAUAUUUACAAAAUUCACGUUGACCAGCAAUGCUCUCGCGAAAGGAAAUUGUGUCUAUAUUACUCCUGUUGACAGCGCUGAUCUGCAUAUUGAAUGCAGCUUUGUUUGGCAACAUAAUGCCCCUAUCCACGAGCUAUGAGCAGUUGGCUGAACAAACCAUUAACGCGGGCACCGCCUACAUUUGCAUCCUGUACGCCCUGAGCACAUGGGUAUAUCAUUCGAACUACUCGGAGCCCCGGCGGCAAAUACGUUAUGUGCUAAUUGCAAUGCUGAUACUUUUGAUUGCGGCCAACUUGACCGGGCUCGUAACGGUCAUUCAAACGCUGUUCAUAUCCGACCUAAGGGACGCCUUGAGCACGAGGGAUCUGUUCAGCUCGUUUGGUUAUUUGUGUCGUACAGUGACAGCUGUGCUAUUCGUGAUAACACUUUUACUGCUGAUAAUUAUUCUGAUAAUUGUCACUAUAACCGCAUUCAAGCAUUCGUGGUCCAUAUCGAGCCGUCAGGAUUCUAAGGAAGAUCUGCCCUAACAAGGAUAUUCUGCAGCUGCCAUUCGGCUAGCAUAAAUUGGUUUUCAUACAGCGGCUCCACCAGGUAAUGAAAGCGUGAAAAAUAUAUAUUCAUGUAUAAAUAUGUGUAUAUGUAAAAAUGCAUAUAAAUGCGGGUGACUCAGCCCUGAUGUCUGGCAGGCGCCUCAAGCAACCGCUGCAACUGCUCUGAUGAUACCCUGGGCACAUAUAUGACUGUGUGUCUGCGCGUGUGUGUUGGCUG